ACAUGUUGUUUGCGGAGGUUUGGACUCGAGGUGACCCGGGAUCCGGUUCUUACGGUGCCGGAGGAUCAGCGUCACGCUAAACUACCGCGGAGGUCUUUGCGUCUCACCGGGUCUCACCGGGUCCUACCGGGGUCCCGCUGCCUCCACCUGAGUCUGUUCCGUGUUGUCGGUGUGAAUCCUCUGAAGAACCCGGUGAUUGACGGGAGCGCAGCUGAGAACAGGAACUCAUCUUAAAGAUGUCAGUGUUGCGGUGCAUUGUGGGUGGACUGCGUCUUCCUUGGGUCCAGCAGACACUUGUGUCCUCACCGUCUCUAACUUCAGCGAGUGUCCUGGUCAGACCGAGAGGACGUCUUCCUCGUCUUCCUCCACAGCGACUCCUGUCUGCGGGGGGGGACUCGUCAGUUUCUGCAGUGAAGCUGAGGCUCAGGACUCGUGUGGGGGUGACCCUGCUGUGUGGCGGCGGCGUGCUGGCCGCCUGCUGGUACGUGUACGAGGAGAAGCAGCAGAGGUUCCGGCGACAGCGCAUUGAGCAGCUUCGGCAGGUGGCUGUGGGCCAGGGGAACUUCAGCCUCCUGGACCAUAGGGGGCAGCGCAGGACCAAGCAGGACUUCCUGGGCAGCUGGGUGCUGCUGUACUUCGGCUUCACGCACUGUCCCGACAUCUGCCCCGAAGAGCUGGAGAAGAUGUGCGCGGUGGUGUCGGCUCUGGACCGGGACACCUCGCUGCCGCCCGUCCAGCCGCUCUUCAUCACCGUGGACCCGGACAGGGACGAUGUGGCGGCGCUGGACCGGUACGUCAAAGACUUCCACCCCCGUCUGAUCGGACUGACCGGAACAUCAGAGGAGGUGAAACACGCGGGGCAGGACUACAGAGUGUACGCCAGCCCCGGACCCAAAGACGAGGACGGAGACUACAUCGUGGAUCACACAAUCCUGAUCUACUUGAUCAGUCCGGACGGGCUCUUCCUCGACUACUACAACAGAACCAAGAAUGAGGAGCAGAUCGGCGAGAGCGUCAAGAACCACGUCAGAAACCAGGUCAAGCUCGGAGAAGUUCGCUGAGACACGAGUCGGUUUCAUCAAAUAACAAUAAAAGAUUCAAAAUCUGAA